AUGCCUAAAAAGGUCUUUGAUAUGCACUUCCACAAAGAAGAAGAAGAAGAUGAUACUGGAGAGAUCAAGAUAUCGUCCUCAAAAACACCGAGAGGGCAUUUCGUGGUUUACGUUGGUACUACGAUGAAGUUGGAAAGAUUCGUGGUCCCGACAAGGUUUCUGAAGAGCCCUUAUUUCCAGAAGCUUCUAGAAAAGGCGGCGGAGGAGUUUGGUUACGCGGAGGCUCACCGUAAUAAGAUCGUCUUGCCCUGUGAUGUUUCUAGUUUCCGAAGUCUCGUCAUGUUCCUGACUUCUUAUGACAAGUGA